GAGAAACGAGUCAGGUGGGUUUCAGCACAGCCCCACUUUGUUAUCCAGGCAGGGACUGACAGAGCUUCCAACCAAGCAUUGUGGGAGAGCCAGUAUCAAAGGCAUGGGGCAGUUACACUAUCAGAGCCUCCUCCAUUAAGUCAUCUGAGGAAUGGAAGAGCAACAAGGAGGAUAAGAACAGGUGCUAAGGUCCUGAGCCAUGAUCCUGUGAAAUCCUCACCCACGUUCCAAGAUGAACCUAUGGAGACCAUAUAUGCUGGUGUUCUUUGCAGUGACCUCUGAGGGACUGCUCAUAAAGCCCCGGGAAGGGAGUGUUGCUGGAGGAACGUGGAUUACUAUCACUCUGGAUGGCUCAGCAUCUCAUGAGAUAGAAUAUCUCUCUCCAGCCAGCUGGCCCCACCUGGAGGUGUCCCUGGUGAACGCAGACCUGCCCACGUUGCCAUGUGAUGUCUCUCCUGUGUAUGUUGACUUAUCCCCCAUAAGAUGUAGAACAAGGCCUUCACCCCAGGAGGGUUUGUACUAUGUGGAGGUGAGCUUUAAAGGACGCAGGAUUAACAACCUGACUGGGGUGGAGAAAGAAAACUAUACUUUCAAGUUUUCUGCUGUGCAGACGCCUGUGGUUUACCAAAUUAGCCCACCAUCUGGCAUCCCAGGAAAUUUAAUAAAGAUCUAUGGGAAGACAAUUGCAGGGAGAUACGAGACCCUGGACUUCAAUGCGGAUUAUAUUGAUGGACCAGCUAUUCUUGUGGCGGAAGGAGAUGGAUGGACCAGCCUCUGCUCUUUUGCUGAUGGGCAAGCUGGAAGCAUCUACUCCAUUCAGGCAGAAGAUGGACUGGGAACCAUGCAGUGCCGGGUGGAAGGGAACCACAUAGGGUCCCAUAAUGUCAGCUUCUCAGUGUUUAACAAAGGAAAGUCAGUGAUAGACAAAGGUGCUUUGCUCAUCAGUGCUAAGCAGGAGCUUUUCUUGUACCAAACGCAUUCAGAAAUAGCCUCUGUGUUCCCAGCGAGUGGAAGCCUUGCAGGAGGAACUGACCUCACUAUUAUGGGGGAUUUUUUUGAGCAGCCUGUGCGGGUCACUGCUGCAGGUGUCCCCUGUAAAGUCAAGCGUGUCUCUCCCCGGCAAAUCAUCUGCACCACUGAGGCUGUUGACAGGAGCAGGAUGCUUGGUGACCCCCAGCCAGGAAAUCGAGGGCUUCUCUUUGAAGUUUGGGAUGAUGCCUCUGAUCUGACAGAAGCAGGGCCUGGAUAUAGAUGGCAGUUUGUACCUAAUGCCCAAUCCCCAGUAAGAUUUCUGUCUGCAGGAAAGCAGUCCUUCAGCUCCAGGCUUCGUGGAUUUUUUGUGGCUCCUCAGACCAACAAUUACACCUUCUGGAUUCAGGCAGAUGGUCCGGCAUCUCUCUACUUGAGUUCAUCCCAAGACCCACAGCAUAAGGUGAGAAUCGCUUCUCUCCCAGCUGGCAGUCUGGAAUGGUCUGGGAAGUGGGUGAAGAACUGGAGUGAGAGUUGGCAGCCAAAAUCCCAGAAAUUUGAACUAACUGCUGGCCGGAGGUACUACUUGGAAGCACUGCAUCAUGGAAAGGCACCCAGCGAUGGGAUGAGAGUUGGAGUCCAGAUACACAACACGUGGCUGAAUCCUCAGGUGGUGAACAACUACUACAUUGAGAGACAUGAAAUUCGCGCUCACGCCUUAUGUCUUCCAGACAUACAGAUGCUGACUGUGUCUGGCACGGGAUGGUUCAGUAUCUCGUGGAGCAAUGCACCCCGCAGAAUGAUCCACACAAAUUCCACUGCUCUUCAGGUCCAAACAGCAAUAGAGGAACUUCUUUCAGUUGGGUGUGACAUUGAGCCAACAUCUGCUAAAAUACUCUUCCAUGAUGGCUUUGAGAAGGAAGGUACAGAAAACUCUGUCACCACAGAACACGUUGUCUAUGGAACAGAGCCAUUCUGUGGGAGGUUCAGUGCUCGCAGCCCAAGCCAGCUGGUGAAAGCUUCCCCAUCAUCUCUACAAAGAUACGACCUCACUGAAUACACACAUGUUUGUUUUGCACAUAAAGGCCACAUGAGCAACAUCCUUCAUAUCUCAGUGUCCUACACCAGCCUUUCCUUGUGUUCAGUGGAAAGAAACCUCACCUGCCAGUGGGAUUUCAAUGGAACUGACCCCACAAGCUGGACGUUCUCCUGCACUGACCUCUGGACGGGGUGUGUGAGUCGCUCUGUGCCUCUCCAGGACCUUCCCACCAACACCCCAGUGUUCGUACAUCAGAUUGACUUGUCGAGCACUCAGCUGCAGAAAGAAAUGUCUGGGUCGUUCUACCUUGAUGAAGUCAUCAUCACAGACAGAGCUGUGACUGUUUCUCAGAGGGAUCCCAAACCACGUCAGCUAGGUGGACGGAUAAUAGAAGCAGUAACUGUGGUGGGGUCUUCUCCUACUUACAAUGUAUCCUGGCUGGUGUCUGGCUGUGGUGCAAGUCUGCCUCUUCUCUCCCUAAGAGGUGCAGUGCUCUGUGAGGGCUGUGAGGAGGAUGACCACCUCUACGUCUCCACAGAGGAUGUGAGAGUCAGCGUCACCAUUCAGAGGCUGCAGGUGUCAUCUCCACCUCUCGGAGGGACCUUCCGCCUACACCUGGGGAGCACAGUGAUAUCAGGUGUUUCCGUGCACAUCUCCUCCCACCAGCUCCGCAAGCUUCUGCAAACCAACACAGAUAGGUAUACAGCCCCAUACUUCAACACCAGUGACUUCAUCGUGACCAAAGACUCCGAGUCUUGCUAUGAAAGCAUCUGGACUCUCACCUGGAGAACAAAAGCUGGGGACUUGCCCAAUGUUAUCAAUGUCUCUGCUGAAAACCUCACCGGUCUGAAGCCAGCUGUUUCCAGUCGCGUGGUUUAUGAUGGGGGUGUCUUUAUUGGGCCAAUAUUUGGGGACAUGCUUGCUACCUCCAAUAACAAAACACAGGUGGUGGUGGUGGUGAAUGAUGUCCCAGCAAACUGUUCUGGUUCCUGCUCUUUCCAGUUCAGCCAGGAAAUGACACCCUUAGUUAGUGACGUGGAGUAUUCAGCAGAUGAUGGAUCCCAGGCCACAGUAGUUAUCAGAGGGGUUGGUUUCUCUGAGGAGAACACAACUCUGCAGGUACGGGUGAAGAACAUGACUUGCUACGUUGUGAUGUCAAAUCAAACCAAAGUGGUCUGCAAGAUGGAGAGGCUGCCACUUGGAGUCCACCAGCUGACAUUACUAGUGAGGCCUUAUGGCUUUGCACUCAAUGCCAGCACAGGAGAAGGCAUAUUCCUAAGAGUUGAGCCCAGGCUGGUUGCCAUUGAACCUCCCAGAGCUUCAGAAAUUGGAGGACUGAGAGUGGCUCUCAGGGGGACUGGUCUGGAAGGGGUAAACCUGGUGUUGUUUGGAUCUCAGCCUUGCCCGGUUUUGGAGGAUACCAGAAGUUCAACACAAAUUGAAUGUAAAGUUCCUUCUCGGGGGGCAGAAGAUGCUGCUGUCCGUGUGACGCUAGUUUCUGGGUACCAAUCAACAACAGUCACCAACUUGUUCCAGUAUGACCCUUCCUUAAACCCUGCAGUUGUAUCGCUGAGCAGAAACAGAAGUGGCUUAGCAGGGGGUCAGGAGCUUCAGAUUGGAAUAUCCUCAUUUGCGAACUACCGAGGCUCAGAUAUCAAGGUCCAAAUUGGGGGCAUGUGGGCACAGAUCCAGGCACAGAUGGACAGUGGUCUUAAUGUGACGCUUCCAGCCUUGGCUGCGGGAUGGUACAACGUUUCCGUCAUCAUCAGUGGUGUUGCUCUUGCUUCAAACAGGGUUGAGCCAUUAAUCCACUACAUCUCGGAGGUCUUCAGCAUCGAGCCGUGUUGUGGCUCUUUCCUGGGUGGAACGCUGCUCACAAUCUCUGGGCUGGGCUUUAGCCAGAAUCGGUCCCUGGUUUCUGUUUCAAUAAAUGAACAAACCUGCCUGGUUACCCGCUUGGCAGAAGAGACCAUUUGGUGCCUGACUCCGCCAGCUACUAAUUUGUCUAAUGAAGUUUCUCAAGAUGUCCCUGUCAGAGUAAAUAUGCUCAUUAGCAAUAGCUCGCUUCAAAACGUUCCCGUUGCAAAAAGCAUCACCUUCAAUUACCAAAGAGCUUUGACACCUCUGGUUACCACAGCUGAACUGGAAAUUUUGGACAGCAGCCUUCUCUUGAGCAUCCAGGGGGUAAACAUCACUGGAUCUGUGGCUAAGCUGGGAGGCAGCGAAUGUGAGCUUGAGCUGCAACGUGGCACUGAGUCUGCAGUGUUUUAUGAGUGCUCUUUACCACUGAGCAACCUGGAACCUGGGAUUUACCCUGUCCAGGUUAUCCAGAGACAGCUUGGAUAUUCUCGUGUGACAGCAAGGCUGAAGACCAUCAUAGUAACUCCACGGAUAACCUCCAUAUUCCCAUCACAAGGGUCUAUUUGUGGUGGGAUGUUACUUACUAUAUCAGGGAUUGCUUUAAGAGCCAGAAGAGAUUUGGGACAGGUCAGCCUGGAUGGUAAUUAUUCCUGUGAGCUCCAGAGCUCUGACAACAGUACCAUUAAGUGCAUGGUCCUUCCAGGGACACACCUGUUGCCUUACCAGUGGUGGGCUGAGGUGUCUUGGGCUCUUAAUGUCACAGUGACUGUCAGUGGAAUCAGCAGUGUCUGCCUUGGGGAUUGUACACUCCACCUUCGUGAGCACUCAACUCCUCUUGUAGAUGAGGUGACCUGGGAGACCAAUGGGAUGUACACCGAUGUGACCAUCAAAGGGCAGAGAUUGGCGUGGCCAGGUGACAGCCCUGUGGUGCAUGUGAACGACCAGGAUGUCUGCAAGGUCACUUUCUGGAAUGAGACCAUCGUCAGGUGCCAGAUGGACUGCAUUGCCCCAGGGGAUCAUAACAUCUCCAUAUCCAACAGAAGUGGGCAAGCUUGCUUCAGAAGAACAUCCAGUGUUCUCACCACCACGCCUCAAGUGCACCAGUUUUACCCCCAAAACUUCAGUUCCAAUGGUGGAGGCCUGCUCACCUUUGCAGGUGCAGCACUGAAAGGAAAGAGCAGGACAUCUGUUCUCAUUGGUCAGCACCCAUGCCUCAUCCUCAAUGUCACCUGCAUAGCCAUCCAGUGCACGGUGCCCCCAGGCAAUGGUACUAGGGCUCUGAGGCUGACAGUAGAUGGCAUCUCCUAUGAUGUUGGAAAAAUCAGUUACAAUGAGGAGUCUACGCCAGCUUUCCUUUCACUUGUUGUGACUGGCCUCCUAUUUACAAUAAAUGUAUCACAGGUCAUGGAGAUGGACACCAUCCACGUAUUUGUUGGGGACUCUGCUUGUAGGGGUGUCACCAUCACCCACUCAGAGCUGCAGUGUUCUCCUCCUCUGCUCCCUGCUGGUGAAUACCCCGUGCUGGGCCUGGAUGUCCCCAGGGGCUGGGCCUCCUCCAACCUGACCUUCAUCUCUCAGCUGAUGGUGACAGCUGUGCGUUGCAACUGGGGUGGCUUGAAUGGAGGAGUGGUUCACCUGCAUGGAACUGGAUUUUCUCCAGAGCAGACUUCGGUCACCAUCUGUGGCAGCCCCUGUGAAAUGUUGGGCAAUGCAACGACAACGAGCCUUAGCUGCCUUGCACCACACUUACAUGCAUCCUUGGCCUUUCUCUGCAGCCUGACCCACUCUUCUGCCAACUGCCAAGAGGACAGAUCCACCAUUAUUGAAUGCGACGUCCAAGUCAUGGUGGGCUCCUACCGCCAGCGAGGUCCCAGGUCCUACCUGUACCUGUGUGGGGAGAGCCAAGCUCAGCAGCAGCAGGGGGACACCGGCCCUUCCCAGAGCCACGUGGUGGGACUCAUUGCCAGCCCUAAAGUGGAAAGAGAUGAAGUUCUCAUCUAUAAUAGCUCCUGUAACAUUACCAUGGAAACUGAGGCAGAGAUGGAGUGUGAGGGAGCUAAUCAGCCAAUUACCGCCAAGAUUACUGAGAUAUGGAAAAACUGGGGCCAGAACACUCAGCCCGCCCUCCAGCUGUGCGGUCGCUGGGCCGAGGCUUCCAGCUGGCCCUCUGGCCGCCCGCCGCAAGAUGGCGCCAACGUCACGGUGGAAGCGGGCCGGACGCUGCUGCUGGGCGCCGCCACCGCCGCGCUGCACCUGCUGCACCUCAGAGGUGGCAAACUCAUAUUUACUGGUCCAGGACCUGUAGAACUACAUGCUCAUUACAUUCUGAUAUCUGAUGGAGGAGAGCUCCGGGUGGGAUCUUCCGAGGCCCGUUUCCAUCACAGAGCACACAUCUAUCUCUACGGAAGCCUCCACUCCCCACCAUUGUUUCCAUAUGGGGCCAAGUUCCUGGCGGUGAGAAAUGGGACCCUUUCCAUCCAUGGCUGGGUGCCCAAAGUAACUUUCACCUACUUGAAGUCAUCAGCUCUUGCAAACGACGUACGAUUAGUGCUCCAGGAACCUGUUGACUGGGAACCUGGUGAUGAAAUCGUGGUGGGAAGGACAGGCCUUGGAGAUGCACAGCAGCAAGAAGAAGUGGCCAUUAUUGAGUCUAUAAAUAACACUGAGCUCUACCUCAGGUCACCACUCAGGUACUCCCACAACAUUGAGGAGGAAGGAGUGAAUGGCCAAAGCCUGCCUUUGACUGCGGUAGUGGCACUGCUUAGCAGAAGGGUUGUUGUUCAAGGAAAUGUCACGAAGGAGAGGAUCUCCCAUGUCAGAGAGUGUGCAGAAGCAGGUGGCACAAGAGGUGGCUCCAGGUGUCUGUACAAGCGAAGUGAGAGGCAGCUGGGGUCUCGGGACCUGGGAGCUGUCAUCAUUGUGGAAGCCUUCCAGGGAGCAACGAGUCAGCUGCAGGUGGAGGGGGUGCAGUUCCGUCACAUGGGCCAAACGUUUCGGCAGCACCGCAGUGCCCUGACAGUUGCUGGCAAUGCACAGAUGGCAGCUCUUUUCUUUCCAGACUCCUACAUACGUGGUUGCUGUGUUUUGGACUCCUUUGGCCAAGGACUCUGUCUGACUGGGAUCUCAAACCUUAGUGUAGACAGUAAUGUCUUCUUUAACAUUUCAGGACAUGGGCUUCUACUAGGAAGUGGGCUGGAGAAGGGGAAUAGAAUCAGAAAUAACACAGUGAUUGGCCUUUCUGCAACGGAUGGUUUAUCCAACAUUGAGACUCUGUCACCAGCAGGAAUCUACGUCAGAGCUCCUGCCAACCACAUUGAGGGUAACACCGUGUGUGCUGCUGGGUAUGGGUAUUUCUUUCAUCUCUCUCCUGAGCGACCAUCCAAAAUGCCUCUCCUGACCUUCAGUGAGAACACAGCCCAUUCCUGCACCAGGCAUGGGUUGCUUGUGUACCCCGAAUAUUUGCCAGACAGCCCAGACGGCCUCGUUCAGUUCAACAGCUUCACAGUUUGGAGCAGCCAAGGUGGAGUCCAGAUUUUCAGUAGCAGCAACCUCAAACUCCAAAAUUUCCGAAUCUAUGCUUGCACAGAUUUUGGCAUUGACAUUAUUGAAAGCCUGGGAAACACAUCUGUAGCUAAUAGUGUUUUAAUUGGACGCAUUGGGCAAAAGGAUAAGACCUGUAUGUCAGCAGGACUGAAAACUCCCAAAAGAUUCCAGCUGUUUGUCUCUAACACAGCUUUCAGAAACUUUGAUAGGAGCACUUGCACAGCAAUCAGGACCUGCUCUGGCUGUUACCAAGGGCAGGGUGGGUUUACAGUGAGAGUUGAGCGUCUGACCUUCACCAACUCACCUUUCCAAGUGUCCUUCCCCUUUCCUCAUGCUGCCAUCCUUGAGGAUCUCGAUGGCUCUGUCACUGGGAAGGAAGGAAGUCAUAUUCUCCCUUCUACAGACAUCCUUGUGGCUUCGUGCGCAACGAGUGCCAAUUUCAGUCGAGCUUUGGGUGGCAGUGUUUGCAGCAAGGACCUUGUUUUCCACCGUAUGUCUCUUCACUUGAAAGAGGCUCCAGAGAUUCCCUAUAAUUUAACUGUGACUGACAGUAGGAAUAAGACAACCACAGUCAAUUACGUCCCUGACACUCUCUCAAACCUGCAUGGCUGGAUGUGUCUCCUCCUGGAUAAAGAGACUUACACACUGACAUUUGACAACCCUUCGGUCAGCAAGCAGCUCCAGUAUUCAGUCACAUUUAGCAACUUCGCAGCUGGGAAUUUCUUGCUGGUGGAACACAAGGAUCUUCCUGCCCAACUUGAAGUUGCAGUGUCCUGUGGGAAAAGGACUGGACAGCCACUCCAAUCUCCACCUUCCUAUGGUCAUCACAGGAGCUGUGACUGGUAUCUUGACAGCACACUGAGGAAGCUAACCUACUUGGUCACAGGAGCUGACUUAAUUCAGUUCGAGCUGAAAGAGGAGGAAAGAGCCCCUUCACCUACAUCAGAUCCUUCUGAUUCUGUCUUGAAAUGGUCGCACCCAGAGACAUGGAAGGAUGUGGAAAAAGGCUGGGGUGGAUUCAACUGCAGCAUCCCAGGUCCAGGAGAAGACGUCAUCAUCUUACCCAACCGGACUAUCCUGGUGGACACAGAUCUUCCUCCUUUAAGAGGUCUCUACAUCCUUGGGACUCUUGAGUUCCCCACCAACUCCAGCAAUGUCCUGAGUGCAGCCUGUAUUGUGGUGGUGGGAGGUACACUGAAUGUGGGUUCUUUUCAACAUCCUCUAGAAAGGGAUUCAAAGCUACUGGUCCUUCUUCGGGCAUCUGAAGGGAUUUACUGUGAUCAUCUGGAGGAAAUAAGUGUCCACCCAGGGAGUAUUGGUGUUUAUGGGAAGGUGCAAAUUUAUAGCUCUUAUCCUGAGAAGUCUUGGACACAUCUUGGAGCUAGUGUUGCUCCUGGCAAUGAAAGGAUUUUGGUGGAGGAUGAAGUGGACUGGAGGCCUGAGGGAGAUAUUGUGAUCAGCUCAUCCUCCUAUGAAGCCCACCAAGCUGAACUAGUUACACUUAAAGAAGUCAAUGGUCAUAGUAUAACACUCCAUGAACGCCUUCUCCACAGGCAUAUUGGGCAUCCUCAUGACAUAGAAGAUGGUAGACGCAUCCCUUUGUCUGCGGAAGUUGGACUCCUAACACGGAAUGUACAGAUCAAGUCUGAUGUGCCUUGUACUGGGAAGAUACUGGUGGGACAUUUUACGGAUUCCAGUGGGAGAGAGUUUGAAGGUGUCCUUCAACUCUUAAAUAUUGAACUUUUGAACUUCGGGCCUCCUCAACUUUCUGCUGUUGAAUUCAGGAAUAUAACGCAACAGUCCUCUGUGGUGUCAUCCAGCAUUCAUGGUAGCUGUGGAGUUGGCAUUAAAGCAGUCAUGAGCAAUGGGAUCUGGUUGCAUGAUAAUAUAGUGUUCAACACUGUCGGACCUGGCAUUGAUUUGGAAGGGAAAAACCAUUCUCUCGUCAGGAACCUCAUUAUUCUGAGCAGGCAGCCAGACGGUUUAUUAAACUGGGUUGCUGGCAUCAAGGUGAACCUUGUCAUUGGUGUCUCCCUCUAUGGCAAUGUUGUGGCAGGAUCUGAGAGGGUUGGAUUUCAUAUUAGAGGCCAAGAGUGUUUUCUGGAUGUUGAUUAUUGCAGUGAAAAUGUGGCCCAUUCAAAUCUCCGUGGUAUUCAUCUGUACAGGGGAGAUGGAUUUCAGACCUGCACUAGAAUAACAGGCUUUCUAUCUUACAAGAAUUAUGACUAUGGUAUGAUGUUCCACCUUGGAAGCAGCGUCAUUAUAGACAAUGUGGUGCUGGUGGACAACACUGUGGGUCUCAUGGCAGUAAUACACUGUGUAUAUGCCGAGCAGUGCUACACGGGGAAAAGGCUCCUUGAACUUAGAAACUCUACCAUUGUUGCAACAAGCUCAACUUUUGACUGCAUCAGAGACAGAAUCAAGCCUCAAGCAGCUGACCUAACUUCCAGGGAUCGACCACCAUACUACCCUCGAAGAGGCCGUGCUGGGAUUUUAUGGCCUAAAUUUACCACUGUGGCCAGCCAGAGGCCAGAUAGCCCAUGGCACAAAAUUGUCCGUUGUCCAAAAGUGCUAGGACUCAUGAAGCUGAAAGACGUCACAUUUACUGGUUUUACAAAGAGCUGCCACAGCGAAGACAGGGAUGUCUGCAUCAUGUCAGAUACCGACCAUUUAGGCAUCAUGCCUCUUAUCACGGCAGAGAGAUCGAGGAUGUUACAUGUCAAUGAGAAGGAUAAGUUCUACUUUCAUGCAGCAAGUGUACAGACCUCUGAAGACACCACGUUCCCUGCAAAGAGCUGUGAAGGCUCAACAAAGGCCCUUGUCAAGGAUUUGGAUGGAAAUCUGCUGGACCUUGAACCACCUGUUUCUGUUUUCCCAAAGUCAGAAUUUGAAUGGACACAGUUCUACUUGCAAUCUGGAAUUUACAGAGAUGACAGCAAGUGUAUCUUCAAGCCCUCAGUACAAGGCUACUUCUGCAAACAGGCAGAUUACGCAUUUGUCAUCCUGGAAAAUUUAGACACCAGUGUGGUCAACCAGGAGCUGUUUCCAGUAGUAGCAGUGACUGGCAGCUUUAUGGACACCUUCAGUGACGGAGCUUCAGAUGCAUCAUGUGGUUCUGCACAGCAUCCUUCUGCUCUCUUCUCUGUACUGCCAACCACCAAACUCACAACAGUUUGCUUCCCAGACCUAACGCCUCUGAUUUUCAGACUCUACCUCCUCAGUGGGCAGAACUCAACCAAACUGCCCCUUGCUAUUUUCUACAACGAACCCCUCAGCCUUCAUGUCUUCACUAAAGGAAAAUAUAUCUCUCCAACUCCAUCUUCCUUCUCAUGGAAUGAAGGGGCAGGAACCAAUUAUUUUAGCUUUGAGGACAAUCUUCUCUAUGUCCUCCUUCAUGAAAAGGAACCUGUAGAAAUAGUCACUGGCCUUUCUCUUCAUGUGGCUUUCACUGUGACUGAGACCACUGGGGAAGAGGGUGAGGCAAAUAUCAUGCACCGAUUAGCUGAUUUCUUGCAGGUUGCUCGUGAUCAAGUCAGAGUAGUCCAUCGUGUGCUGGGAGGUGAAAGCAUGUUGAAAGUCAUCUCAGACAAUGCUAGCAAAAAGAAAUAUCACUGCCCCAACAUGAUGUUUUGCACGACCUUUCAUAGCAGAUCUGGAUCACGGAAACUUGGGAGAGGAGCAGUAAAUGCUCAAAUUCUGCAGCCAUCUGAUGCAGCUGGUCCAUCAAAAGUGCUGAUUUUUGAAUUUGGUGACCCACCAGGACACCAAAGAAAUGAGCUUGAGCGUUCCUUAACAAUUGACAGUUUAAAGAGCUUGGCCAGAACAAUUAUCAAUGCUCAUCAGACUGGAGACCUUCAGACAGUCCUGGGCUUACCAGUUGAUACUCUAAUGGUGAAUCAGCCUGACUUACUGUUCUCAAGAAGAGAUAAUAGGAGCAGACAGCACCCAGGAACUUGUUUGUAUGUGAGGCCCUAUAGCAUCUCUGUUCGUGUGCAGCCUUCGGAUGGAGAAAUCGAAAAGCAGCUCCCUAUACAGCCACAAAUCAUUUUCUUGGAUAAGAAGGGUCGAAGAGUUGACACGCUGGGGCCUCCCUCAGAGCCCUGGGUUGUUUCAGCUCACCUCAAGGGCUCCUCUGAGGCUGUGCUAAAAGGGCUCACUGAAGUACAGGUCAUAGGUGGAUGCGCAAGCUUUUCCAAUCUGGCUGUCUCCAGCUCAGGCACCAACUGGAACCUCGUGUUCACCGUCACAUCACCACCAGGAGCUGAAUUCACUGUGCUAUCUCAGCCAUUUACCAUCUUCCCUGUGCCCGUUGGAGAGAAGGCCAGCCUGAUUCUUGUUGUCUUACUGAGUGCAAUAGCAUCUGCAUUUGUCCUCACUCUUGUGCUCUGCUGGUUCAAGAAGAACAGAAACAACAAAACGAGGACUAAGAGGGCUGAUGUACCACAGGCCAGUACCAAGGCACCCCAAAAGGAAGCACAGCCUCAUGCACCUCAUGUCCAGCCCUGCUACGAUCGAAGACAGAAUGACAAGGGUGUGCCUGUUGCAGGAGAAGUGGAAGAAACUGGAGUGGUGAGACAUGAGAUGGGACAAGGGAAGGAUCUGAGCCCACAGCCGUGUGAAGUCACGCCAGUGAGAAAGGCGAACACCCUACAGCGAAAGACAAGUAACAGAGAUAUCUUCUCUUCAGCCAGGAAAGGUGCCAAUCACCAACAGCCUUUUGGAGGAGCAACAACAACUCCUGGGGACUCUAUGGAGCUCCAACAGGCAUCUGUCCCGGGGUGCUCUGCCCAGAAGGAUGUCCCACAGCCUCCUGAUGGUUGUAAUGAGGAAAGGGGGAAUUUGGAUGUAAUGUGCAGCCCUCAGGAGGAGGUCAGAGAGCAGAUUGCUGUGGGAGCAGCAGCAGAGGGAUAUCAGAAGUCAUGUCAGGAGGUGGAGCAAUGACCAAGCAAGCUUUGCCAUUCUUGCGGUCAAUGUGAAGCUGUUUUGUUUUGUCUCUGUGGUUGGAGGAGUGCGCAUACUAGCAUGGAAAGCUGGACUGUCAUGUUGUGCAUGUACAAAUGAACCUGUGAAAUUACUCCACAGCCAACUGGGAGACCAUGGCCGUGUCUAGGCUACUAAUCAUAGAGCCAUAGAAUCACAGAAUCAUAGAGUGGCUUGGGUUGAAAGGGACUUCAAACUUUCUUAGCUUCCAAAAAAAUUGGGUGCAGCCAAGUAACCUGUUGAGAAUAGUCCUUGGCUUCUGAUACCAGUGAAACUCAAUCUUUAAGACCUGUUUGGAGGAGUGCUAGCUGGGUCAGGCCAAAGGUAGUUAGGGCUUACCAAGCAAUCCAGCACUGCAGAUGGGAAAGUUUCCACACCCACAACCUCAUGUUAAUGUGCUCACACUGAUGUAGUCUUAGUAGCUAGAGCAAUAUUGAUUGGAGUGUGUCCCCAUAUGUACACAUAUAUAAGAAUUUUUUCUGAUCUUCUCUCGCAACGAACUUCAGUAUACACAUAAAUCUUCUCCUUUUUCUAAGGAAAAACAAAUAAACAACUGUUCAAUUUCA